AUGCGUCCCAGCUUCGAGUUCAGCUCAAUGGAUUAUCCGGAGAGCACUUCCAUUGCAGAAGAUGAAGACCGCUUCGACGCUUUAGCACUCCCAGAACCAGGCAGCUGGAGCUCAAUCCAGCCGGAAUGGAGAAGUGGUUCACCCGAUGUUGGAGCCGACGGACUGGGAGACGGAUCACCGUACUUGCAAAGGGACAAUGGCGCGCGUUUCCAACACCAGACCCCUCCUGACGUUUUUGACGCCAGAGGACUGCCGUGCCUCAUUCGCCUAUCCCCUCCUCGGACCUCGUCGGCGGUUUUUGGAACUCUUUUCGAGCGUCGAGAUCCCUGGAAGACAGUUGGACAGAUACUUGGUGUAGAGCCCUCGAGCGAUCAGGACAACGGAGUUGAAGAAAUCGAAAGCGAGCCGGAAAUAUCGAGCUUAUGUGCAGCGAAGGGCAGCAAUAUGGAGGGCAGCGCAGGUCACGUCGGCAUCCAGUCAAGCAGAGCUCACUCGUCAGAAUGGUCCCGCUCGAUGCUGGAACAAGGCACUCAGAACGGGAGCGACUUUGACCACGAUGAAGGUGAGAGCAGUGCGGAGUCCAACAUAGGUGCCAUAGACGACCAGGAAUUCGAGCCACUCAACAGCGAUUCCGACUUUGAGCUCAUGGCCCACGAACUCGUGGUGGAUGCCCACACCCCGGAUCCCGUGUGCAACUCCAGCCACUUUUCUCAAGAGAAGGCGGAGCAACCCAAGAUCGAUGACGGAGUAAACGCUGGAGUCCGAGGUCCAGUUCGUGAAUCAGACGAAGAUGGACGAUCGUGGACGGGGAAGGGCCAGGACGUGCGUCAUUCCGGUUCCCUUUCUUCGUGGCCUUCAGUCGGAGUCGUCGAAGAGCACCAGUUCGAAGUUGAAAGGUCACAGUCUCCCUCACCCGGCGUGGAAGAGACCAAGUCCCCGAGGAGGCGAACGGCUGGCGGUCGAGCUGUAUCUCCCCUCGAAAUAUUGUCCAUUCCAAAGCUGCAACAUAUUGACGGGAAGUUUCUUGGUCCCUCUCUUUUUGACUUUGGCGACCAAUUGGAACAGUCAGACGAGGAAGAGCAAAGCAUUGGAAGCCUGUAG